CUGAGGAGACUGAGCAGGGCUGGAGGUCACAGACCCCUGCGGACCUGGGGGCUGUGUUCCAGGAGCCUUCGACUUCCCAAACCCUCCGCCUGUGCUAGGGACGGAGCAGGCAACCCGCACCUGGAAGGGUCUCGCUUUGGCUUCUGCUGCUCCUACAGCUCCACAGACCUCCUCGUACGCACAGAGGGAAAAAGAGGAAGAUUCUUUGAAACAGCAAGAUACUUUCCGAAGAGGGGAGUGGAAGGAGAGGCAGUUUUUCCCCUCCUUCCCUGUCUGGGAGAAAGGAGUUGCCCAACCUGAUCAUGAGACUUUUCCAUACUUCCAGAGCAGGCUCCUGAGUUAGGACACUGCAGCACUCGGAGCCUGGGGUAGCGUUAGCCCGGGGCAGCCCCCGGCAGCACAGCCCGAGUGCAGGCAGCCUGCUGGGCACAGGACAUGGAGAAUGAGGUUGGCAAAUCCGUGGACAAUCAAAUGGACAAAUACAUAGUUACAAUAAUGGGGAAAUCAGAAAGUCAGAUGGAUAUUGUGGAAAAAUCAACAAAAUCUGGGAAGAAAUCUGGGAGCUUUGUGGCAAUCGGUCUGGCUGUCUUGCUGCUCCUCAUGACUUGUGCCGUGGUCGCCCUGGUGAUCCUGUAUGCCAGCAGCAGAGGCACUCACUAUGGCACCAAUUCAGGCAUCGUAUGUACCACACCUGGAUGUGUUACAGCAGCUGCUAGAAUAAUUCAGAAUAUGGACCCAACAGCUGACCCUUGCAAGGAUUUCUACCAGUACGCCUGUGGGGGCUGGCUGAACCGUCACGUUAUCCCAGAAACCAGCUCCAGAUACAGCGUUUUUGACAUCCUGAGAGACGAGCUGGAGAUCAUCCUGAAAGGUGUGCUGGAGACUUCAGAUCAAGGAGACAGAGAAGCAUUUCAGAAAGCUAAAAUACUUUACAAGUCAUGCAUGAAUGAGAGUCUUAUAGAGCAACGAGAUUCAUUGCCUCUGCUGGAGGCCUUAACGAUGGUUGGCGAUUGGCCCGUGGCUUCUGCAGACUGGAAUAAAACCAAAGAGCCAAACUGGAGCAUGGAAGAGAAACUCGCCGUAAUGAACUCCAGAUUUAACAAACGUGUCCUCAUUGACAUGUUUGUAUGGAAUGAUGACCGGGACUCCAGCAGACACAUCAUUUAUAUUGACCAGCCAAGUUUAGGAAUGCCAUCCAGGGAAUACUACUUUAAUGGGGGCAACUAUCAAAGAGUGAGAGAAGCUUACCUGCAGUUCAUGAUCACCAUUGCCAGAAUGAUCCGGGAGGACAAGAAGGUGCCUAAGGAUGAUUCCUUUGUGCAAGAGGAAAUGACCAAGGUUAUGGAGCUUGAAACAGAGAUUGCAAACGCAACUACCCCAGCAGAAGAAAGGCAUGAUGUAACCUUGUUGUACAACAAAAUGACCUUAAAAGAGCUACAGGAAAAGUUUGCAUUGAACGAAUUUAACUGGACCUUCUUCAUCCAAGGUGUCAUGUCUUCAGUAGGUGUUCAGGUUGACGCAGAGGAAGAGGUGGUUGUGUAUGGCAUGCCCUAUCUGCAAGAGCUGAAAGCAAUUCUCUCAAAGUACUCAGCAAGCACCAUCCAGAACUACCUCAUUUGGCGGUUGGUGAUCGAUCGUGUCAGCAGCUUGAGUCGGCGUUUCAAGGAUGCCCGGGCCAGCUACAGGAAGGCACUUUACGGGACAACACUGGAGGAAGCCCGCUGGAGGGAGUGUGUGAGUUACGUCAACAACAACCUGGAGAACGCGGUGGGGGCAAUGUACGUCAGGGAGGCAUUUGCUGGUGAGAGCAAGAGGAUGGUCCGAGAUUUAAUAGAUAAGAUUCGUGAAGCGUUCAUCGAGACUUUAGAUGAGUUACAGUGGAUGGACGAGGCCUCUAAAGAAAAAGCUCGUGAGAAGGCAAUGGCGAUUAAAGAACAAAUUGGCUAUCCAGAUUAUAUUUUGGAAGAUCAGAAUGAAAAACUAGAUCAGGAAUAUGCCAAUCUAAACUUCAGUGAACACAAUUACUUUGAAAACAUUCUGGAAAACCUGAGAGCUGGAGCCCAAAAGAGCUUGAAAAAACUUCGCGAGAGAGUUGACCAAGAUAUAUGGAUAAUUGGAGCCGCAGUGGUCAACGCGUUCUAUUCCCCCAAUCGGAACCAGAUAGUUUUUCCUGCUGGGAUUCUACAGCCUCCCUUCUUCAGCAAACACCAGCCACAGGCCCUGAACUUCGGAGGGAUCGGGAUGGUUAUUGGCCAUGAGAUUACUCACGGGUUUGACGACAACGGUAGGAACUUCGAUAAAGAUGGGAAUAUGUUGGACUGGUGGAGCAAUUUCUCAGCUCUGCAUUUCAAGGAGCAGUCUCGUUGCAUGGUUUACCAGUACGGGAACUACACAUGGGAGCUCGCUGGCGGGCAGAACGUCAGUGGAAUAAGCACAUUAGGAGAAAAUAUUGCAGAUAACGGAGGAGUCCGACAGGCUUAUAAGGCCUACUUAAAAUGGCUGGAGCGGGAAGGGAAGGAGCCAAAGCUGCCUGGACUGAACCUGUCCCACAAACAGCUUUUCUUCCUCAACUUUGCCCAGGUUUGGUGUGGUUCCUACAGGCCGGAGUACGCCAGCCAGUCAAUAAAGACAGAUGUCCACAGCCCUCUGAAAUACAGGGUGAUGGGGUCUCUGCAGAACUUCGCCGCGUUCUCUGAGGCGUUCGGCUGCAAGAGCGGCGCCGCCAUGCGCCCCGCGGGGCCUUGUUAG